AUGUCGGCGGCGUUCGUCUCAUGGAUCUGGGUGGUGCCCGUCUUCGGGGCUUGGGAGGAGUUGACUUGCACAGGAGGUUGUUGCCUUUGGAGCAGUACCUCAUGGCGAAGUCAGAGCACUUUUUGUGAAGAUCUCAUGUCCGGCUUCCUCUACAGUCCCGACUUUGACAGUAGCACAGGACAUUCCUUGAGCUUCAGCUAUACAGGCCAGCUGGAGCUCGAGUGUUUGAACAACUCAAAGUGGGUCAGCAUUUGGAAUUCAGAUCACCUGGACCUCUCAGAGCACUUCGCUUUGGAACGUUUCCAGAAAGCCGUCGUGGAGCUGCCGUCAGAAGCAUCUGCAGUGCGCUUCAAAAGUCGACCUUUUGCCCAAAUCAAUCAGAUCAUUGCAGAGCCCUUCAACUCUUUCCGGCAAUUGGCAGCUGAGGAGGGGGGCGGGGGCACCCCGCUAUUCAUACGCAAAUUGGGUUCAGAUCCACUUCAAUGA